AUGAACCUUUUCUGCUUUUCACUGGUAAGACUCACUUUAAUUCUGGCGUGUGUCGCUCUGUUACAGAACAGCAAUCCUCACCCUGAGAUACAAAUGUGAGCUUGGUCUCAGGCAGAACAUUUGUUUCUGUAAAUCAAAAGAUGCUGUGGAAGGAGGUGUAGAGUGAGAUGAUGUAUGGGAUGGGAUGAUGUAUAUGAUAGUUAGCACAUUAUUUCAUUCUUGGAUUAGAAUAUUAAUCAUAAUAAUGAGUUAGUGAACCUUUGAAGUGACUUGUUGUUGUUGACUGUCAGAUUAUGAGCUGUGAUAUGAAGUAAAUUUCUGCUUCUUUUGGACAAAUCGCAUCUCAUCUGUUUCAAAAUAUAGCAAUUUGAGCUUAACUCACCCGCCUUAUUUGGAUUUAUCAUGUUAGACAUAUGUUAUUUUAAAAGAGAUACAAGAGAGUAGAAGAAUAAAUGAAAACAAAAAAAAGGGGGUUUGUUUAUGGAUGUUGAUAAUCAAGCUUGCAGCAGCGCAUGUACGCACAUGCUCCACUCACGCAUAUGGUUCCUCAGAUGCUGCUGCAGCUGUCACACUACACGUGGACAUGUAGGACAUGUAUAAGGACACUUGAUUUUAGACAGAUGCUGACCAGUAAUCAGGAUUAUUAACUCACAUCUUGCUGCAGGAAACAGAGAGUUGAAUAGCGGUUACAUUUUUUGUCCUUUUCUGAUCUUCUCUGUUUCAUUUCACAUUGACAAGAAGUGUCUUUACAAACUCAUUUUUUUAAAAGUCAGAAUUGUUUCGGGUGCGUACAUAACAAGAGAGACGGAUAAGAGAGCAGGUUUGUUCAACAGAUGGUGAUUGUUUGCAAAAAAAGACCCUCGUUUGUUGUGGCUGAAAUGACUGUCAGAGCAGAAAUAAAAGAUCACACAACAACAAGAGAUGGAUGAAAAGAGAAAUAGAAAUGCUUUCCAAGAAGAAAUCCAAACAAGCUCAACAUAUUUUAAUCUGCAAUGAAAUCUGUUCAGAGGAAUUUCAAUUCACCGUAGGUUACAUGUGUCCCCUGUUAGUUGUGUUUUUUCUUUUUUGGGGGGACCAAGCAACACAUGAAAACAUUUCCUGACACAGAUACAGAGUGUCUGCAAUCUGCUUGACAUGCACACACCACUGUGUAUUUCAUCAUAAGUACACAUAAGACUUAAUCCAUCAAGAUAGAUUACACUCAUUCAUAAAUCAUGUCUGCUGCUAAAUGUGCUCACAGUGCUAUCUAACACGUCUAUCUGACUGUUCCUGUCACAUCAGGAGGGCUCUAUGGACAGCCUGUAUGAGGUGGUGCAGAACUCCGGUGAUGGUCCACCUCUGCCAAUCCCCAGCCGAUCCUCCAGCCGCUCAUGCAGCCGUUCCUGUAGCCCAGCAGUCCUUCUAGAUGAUAACACCAAGUGGCGAGGGUCUGGGAGAUCCAUUUCUAUGGUGGGAAUAGCAGAACCUGAAACACCAGACACCUGUUGUACAUUUUAAUCAUGUUAAAGUGGGCCUGAAUGACUCCAAGACACCAGCACUUAUCAGACAGUACUGUUUAAGCCUGUUUAAGGAAGUCAGGGUUUUAAUCGUAAAGUUAAAUUAUGACAUAUUUGACUUGAGUCGAUGAAAGAUUUAUUUUGAUCAGUCUAGUUCAAAGUGAGAGAAACAUAUCCAUUUUUUUCUACAUAAGCACUUACUGAAAUCUGACUGUUUUCCUCAGGAAAUACCACAAACACAAGGGAUCAGCUCUAAAAAGAAGAAAAGACGGUAAGACCCUCACAGAAUGGAUUAUUUACAUUUUUACUAUAGGUGCUCCUUAAAAAAAGACUAACGAAUAGCAGGAAAGGCCUUGUGAUCCUGCCAGGAAUUAAGGAUGGAGCUGUUUUGUCUGCUUCUUGAUUCUUUUUACCGGGUCUGGGUGCAAAAAUCUACCGUGCAAGUGAAAGGGCUUGACUAGAUACGACUUUAAAGGCUUCCUGUUUAUUUUCACAGAGGGUUAAUACUUUAAACCCUUCCUGCAGCAGAGCAGGCUGGCUUUUCAUCCUUUCCUUUUUAUACAAUACUUGGGGAGGGGGGUUGACAGCCCAUUUGAAGAUAUGACUAUCUAUAUAGGAAGAGACACAAAUUCUCAAGUAUGAUUGGAAGUUAUUUGUUUUUGAAAAGCAGGGCCCUGUAGACUUUUUAGCUACCAGAAGGCAGCUUAUGGCCAUGGGCUUGUUGAACUAAGCAGAUUUAAGGCCCACCUACUUAAAGUCUGCGGUCUUUUUACCACCUUUACUUACCUGACGUCAUUUGAAAGAAACAACUUUGGUGUCACAUGAUGCCCCCUCAAUCCAUAGGAUUAUUGUAGGUUUUAUUGUAGGAUUUGUAUGUCUUCUUGAAGCCAGUUUCUAUUUCUCUUUUUUCAUCAAUUAGACAAUCAUAACUUUGAGGAGCUUCAGAUUAAUAUCUGUCUGUUUGUUUGCUUUUCCUUCAGAACACACGUAAGAAAAUCGGUAUCAGAUAAUGAAACCCUUGGUAAGCAGAAACAAUUUUCUCGUUUUGUUUGUGUUGUAUUGAUUUGAGGGUUGCUUGGCUAUGAAAUGUAGUCUGACAGCUGGAUCAAAAUGAAAGGUUAUUUAUUUCAUCUGUGUUUUAUUGUAAUAGUAACAUAGUUGCCAAACUCUGGAAGAAAAGACAUCCUGACACCUUCACCUUGAUUCAUAACCCAGAGAGACUGCAGUAAAGUCCCUCAACUUUAUAAAAGCUUCAAAAUCCUUUUGUGUAUGAUUUAGAUUUAAACCUCCCGUCCUAAUCUACAAGCUGCAUGUCCAUGACUUAGAAAACAAUUUCUGUGACCUCCAUUCGCUCCGACUUUUCACUUAAAAACCCUCAAUGAUUGUGAUUGGUCUCCGUUUACAGCAGAUAACCCCGGCUGUAAUACUGCAGUUUGGCAGCCCGCCAAGAGCCAAGAAGAUUUAGUCCACAUCACCAACAAUCACAAUGAAGGUAAAUGGGAAAUAAGUAGGUCAAGCUCAUCUAUAUGCCAAUGUUCAUUUUGACUCUCAGCGGGACGUCUGAGGUCAUGACUUUGCCUUUCAAACACCAGCAUUACGUCUCAAACUAUAAAGUGUUUCGUGGCCUGCAAAGACGGUUUAUAGUAUAACAGAAAAAGCAGUGGUAGACCUUUUUCUUAACCCUAGAACACGAUCGCUAAAAUUAGUAACACCAUCACUAUUGCCGAUGAUUUUUACCCGAAAAAAUAUACCCAAGAAAAAGUACUUGUCAUCAAAAUAUAUCAAAUUAGGACGAUAGAUGACAAACUAAAGUAGUUUUCUUUUAUUUUUAACUGUUCAGUGUCCAAAGGGAGGAAAAUAAGUGCCAUGAGGGGACCAUAGCAACAAAAUAGCUGAAAUUAGGAAUUUAUGAACAAACAGUUCCUAAAAAAAAUUUGUAUAUAAACUGUAAACUUAGUUUCUUUCCACCUGUUCCUGGUGAAUGUGAGUCUUCCCUGGUGAAGACUCAGGGUCCUUGGCACAAUAACAGCUGCAGGAGAGAGAACCAGAAUAUGUCAUAUUUUAAGUGAGUAAAAAUGACUAAAAUAUUUCUUAUCACCAUAUGAAUUCCCUUGAAAAUCACCACUUUGUGAUAGUUAUUUACAACCACUGCACUAAAUAAAGGUAGCAUGCAAAUUCAAGGACCACUCUUACUGACUUAUUCCCACUUAUUCCCUACAUGCAGCUAUCAAAUCUACCUAAACCUGCUCUACCCUCUAUCACUAUUGCUGGGUGAAAAUCACUUGUAGGAGAAAGCAGGUCUUGGAUCAGGGAAACAAACAUGCCCUCAAAGAUGUCAAAGGCAAUGCUGAAGCUACCCAGGGACCCAUGAAACUCAGACAAAUGCAACAUAAUGAAAAUCACGUAACAUGUUUGGUCGGGCGAUAGUGUUCUCGGGUUAAUAUUCUUAGGAAUUCAUACUUAUAUAACCUUUCAAAAUGUGUACAACGCUUCACAAAACUGUUAUAAAUUGCAGUUUGACAGGAUAAGUUAAAAGAUAGUCAUGGUAAAAGGGUAAUGUGACCUUGCAGUAUAUACAAGCCUCAUAUUUUCUUCAGCGGUACGAAUGGGAGCAAACGAAAACAUGUUUCAGUGUUCAUGUGACACUUGUAUUUGUUUGACAACAGGUUUAAAAAUAGCAAACCUUUCCUUUAAUCCGCAGCAUUACAGCAUACAUGAACAACCAGGCCCUUCUUUUUAAGGUUUGGUUCUGGGUGUUGGUUUUCACUCACCUAAUGAGAUAAAUACUUUACAUCUUUGUGUCUCCCUAGAGACAAGGAGAGCAAAAAACAGAACAGAAACCAAAGAGAGGAAAGGAGCUCAUCACCCUGGCACAAAGAAAAAGGAGAAACCACCACCAAGUCAGGUCUGGAUAAAAUUUUACCCUCCAAAAUCAUUGGAUGGAUAUUUUCUCUCUGCCGUAACUAUCAUGUGACAACACAGGGGUAUUCCAACCUCUUCUUCUGGCUCUUGUUCGUGAUUGGCAUGGGUGUGGAGUAAUUAUCAUUAAUAAGUCAUUAACAGUUGACACAAGAGAUGUGGAAGAACACGUUUCGGUCCUUGGUGUUGUUAUUGACGUUUGAACAAUCUGUGCCAAGAGGGUCAGUCCUCAAUCAUGGUUGACUCAUCUGCGCUAACGUAAUUAAAAUUGACUAUUAGCGGUAUUGUGGCAGUAAGCUUGCUUGUCACGUGACACAUGAGGCCAUUUUGUGUCAACCUGAGCUUUAAGCUCUCACCUGCUCACCUUGGUGAAAAUAGCAUGACAAACUAUUGACAGGCUGCCACUUGCUUGUCACGUCUAGGGAUCUGCUGGUGGCCGUGAUGUUGCAGUUAUUUAACGCAAAUGCUGAUUGGGUCUUAAUACGUGGCAGAUGUUCCAAAGAAGGGUCUGCCCUUUCUCUGUAUAAUCUCAAAACCGCAUGACAGAGAGUAAUGGAAAAGCAAAAUACUGUAAGGACUAUUGUUGUGUAUUAGGUGGGGAAGGUUUAGAGAUCUGAUGCCAGGCUUCUGACUAAUGCCUUUUCAUCGUAAUGGAUCAACAGUAGUUCUCUAUGUGGUUGUUCUGGUACAAGGAGUGGUGACCCAAAUUGCAUCAGUAUUAUUUUUUUCCAGUAUUUGGCAUAGACUGUAUAUAGAAUGGACGCCGUCUGCCUCCUCGCUGGGUAAAGCCACCCUGAGAACAGCACCCUCUGGUGACAGGCUGCAGUAUAGGUCAUAAAUCCCACCUCCACCAGCCAUCUGUAUCGGGCUGUGGACAAACUUAUGAAAUUUAUUACACAGAAUAUAAUCUUUUUUCUGUACAGCUCUGUUUUUAAAAGUUAUUAAGGGGUUCAUUUUUUCUUCGAUUGACACUGGAUACAGCCUAUGGGCAUAUGAUGAUUGUGUAGGUCACCUGGGGAAUACGCUGUUUAAGCCGAGUGUCAUCCCAGUGACUCCCGCCAAAUAUGUACAUUGCUACUGCACAAUGUUGGUUUCAGGAAGUGGAGAAAAAAACGCAGAAUUAACGAGAGCUUUUCGGCUUCAAAUCUGUAUACAGGCGGAAGGUGGAACCAAGUUGUCCGUAGUAUAUACAGUCUAUGGUAUUUUGUCAAAAACCAAAGUUGUGGAACAGUUUGAGUUUUAACUGGUGAUUGUUCUGAUCGUGUCCACACACCAUUGUCCUUUGGCAAGACACCUAACCUUUCUUUUACUUCCAUUAGUGGCUGCACACAGUGGUGUGUGAAUGGGAUUAAUCUGUACUGAUAGGUGCUUUAGUGACCUCUGUGUUCAGUGUAUGAAUGUGGUGUUAAUGUGUGAAUGUGACACUUAAUUUAAACGCAUUAAAAAUGGUCAGAGGACUAGAGGAAGCAAGCAGCCUUUUGACCAUUUACUGUAGUAUUGUAAAAGUUAUCUGCAAGUGAUAUAGGGAAAUGAGGAGCUUUGUAUCAAUUCUUAUGACACUCCAUCUGAAGGUAGCUAAGUUUGUUCAAUGAAACCAGAAAUGCCAUAUUCAGGACAGAGCUAGAGAGGGCAAGAUUUCGAGGAAAAUAUGAAAAGAGACAAUACAAUAUAAAGGAAAUAAUAUGAAUAUAGUUUCUGUGUUGACAAUUUUCCAGAGCACAGCUGGUGUGACAACAGAGUUGAAACCUACUGUCAAAAGAACCCAAAAGCCUGCAAAGAAACCAGCUGGAAAGGGAGGAAAAGAAGCACCAAAGAAAACUCACAACUCCACGGGUAAGAGUGUUUUUCCGGGACUUCUCUUCUUCAGGGUAUUGUCCUUUCUGAACUUUCUGUGAUCAGUAAUCCUGAGUGACCAAACUAUGACUAGCUCAAGCUUAUGCUUACACCAGCAGAAGAGGCCCAUGUACAAUUUGUCAAAAUAUACCAACUUAAGUUCAUGACUUUCCUGCUCUAAAGAUAGCUGAGUCAUACUUCUGCUUUUACAUAUUACAACAUAGAUUUCUGUGGUAUUUCUAUAGGAGAAGUACAAAAAAAGAGGGUUUUAAACAAGAAAGUGUUAAAACCACAUUCAGGUGAUAAAGACAAGAGUCCCUACAAACUCCAAUUGGCCUAGUUGGCUAUUUUUAAGUUUUAAUCAAGUGUCUUUUGAUUCAUUCAGCCAACUGAACAAAGUUUAGUGAAGAUCUAUAACAUUUCAAUUUGGCAAAUGAAUAACUUUGCAUGAUUUACUGCUCAAAAACUUAUUAUUUAUCUUAUUUUACUUAUCUUUCCCAUGCCCAACCAGUGCCUGGAAAUGAUUUCUUUUUGCUGCUCAAUGUAGCUUGCGGGUGUUUCUUUUCUCACAAGACACUCCUCAAAGUCACGCCUUAAAAUAUCUGAGGCUACUCAUUGCUGCAGUGUUACUUACAGCUUACAGGUCCAAGCUGUCAUCUGAGCUCUUUACAGAUGAAAUAGUCCUAGCUUUCACUGACUUUGUUUACAAAGCGCAUCUGUGAAAUGACGAGUACAAACAGCAUCAAUGUGGCUGUUGUUGUCCAGAAACAUAAAAACUUGCCACCAAAAGGAGACCUUUAAGCAGUUUUCCUAGACAACAAACUGCAAAGAAGAGUAAAAAACUGAGCUGUGAAAUUGACCUUUUAAGUUCCUCGAGGCAUGUCUUCGACAGAGCUGCAGGGAGGAUGAUCCUUUCACAUUAUCUUAGCAGGACAGCAGAGUUUGACGUCAGGUUAAUGUCUUGUAAUGCCUUGCGAAAUUACUAGAAAAAGCUGUUCAGAGAAGUUUGAGUCAAGGCUGGAAUGAUUAAUCGAUGACAACUUUGCAUGAGGUUUAACAUGGACAUCCUACAUUCUGUUUAUGUAGUAUCAUAUCAGAUUAAUCAUUCUGCUUUUAGUAAUAGAUACGGCCAGGAUGGUGACCCAUUGAGCCUAUAGUUCUCACUUGCAUUUGCUGAGAAGACUGCACCAGUAGAUGAUGUUUUCAAUGCACUCAGUGGACCCAGCUCUGAUGUUGACUGCAGGCUCAGUCAGUUGCAUGUUUGCCAAGAACAGCAGGGCUAGGGUUGCAGUUUCUUUUGUAAUAAGGAGUUUUAAACAUUCAGUGUUUAAUUUCCCUCAUAGAGAAAAUUUACUGAAAAUGAGAGAAUUCCAAAAACUUGCAAAAUGUAAUUGAGAAUAGUGCAUCUCUGAGUCCCUCAGUUCAGAUGAGAAAAGGUUCAUCACUCUAUGAGAGACUGAAUGGGGAAAUAGUUCAAUAUUUUCUGAAUUGAUAUACUGUACUGGUAUAAAGUUGAAUGAAAAUUUGGGAUUCAUAAUCUAGAGAACAUAAUAUAUUUGAAAGAUUCAGGGGGUCUAGAGGAAUCUCUGCACAAAAGAGACAAAGCCCUAAACCAGUUCUGAAUGGCUGUGGUCGUAUGGGCCCCUUUAAUGCUUAAAAAACUGACGUGAUUUUAGUAGAAACCAUCUAAUGCAAAUUACUUCCAAAAAACAUCCUCUGUGUACACAGUUUGUCUGUGCAUCCACUAAUACAGGUUAAAACUGUACUAUGUGGAGAGAAAACUGCAGAAAUACAAAAACGAUCCAGAAACUCUGGAGACCUCUCUGAGCCCAAACCCUUGAAGAACUGAGCUGGAAAACUGCAGUCUGACAUUUUUAAAAUCUGACACUCUUUUUUUGAAAAUGAUGGAUGCUGCAUCCUUUGCUCUGAUGAUGAGAGGAACCACUAGUUUUUCAUCAGCACACAGUUAGAAAGCUUUUAUCUGUGAUGGUACCAUUAAAAAUGUGGCAAGUCAUGAGACCAAACAUAUUCCAUAAAAAGAGGCACCAAACUGUUGAUCAGCUGAAAUCCUUUAUAAGGCAAGAAUGGGACCAAGUUUCACUUUCAAAACCCUAAAUAUUAGUCAUCUUGAUUCUCCAGUGUUUAGAGAGUACUGUUAAAGAGGAGGUGAUUCAACUUUGUGGUAAACAUCCUCCUGCCCCAAAUGUUAUAAAAUGAGUUAGUGGCAUCAAAGAAGUUUCAGUUUCAACUCUUGCUGUGUUUGCUUUGCACUAUUUUCAAUUAAAUCUGGUGUUAUUAUGAUUUGCAAACCAUCAACAUUAUUUAUUAUCCUGAUUAUGAGAGCAGUGCAUACAUUUUUAAGUGCACAGUAAAAUGAUUUAUCUCCUUCCAUGUUCUUUCAGUGCAUUCCCCAUCAUGUGUGAUGAGCCAACAAAUGGGAACCCAGUUUCUAGAUGUGCCCUUCAGGUCAGACAGAAGGCCCUACCAAGGCAAGUCAUCCACCCUCCCUGCUCAAGAGAAUACAACCCCUGGUAGAUGCACGGAAAUGGCCACCCUUCCUGGUGGAGCGACUCCCACCCACACCCACCACCAGCGUUGGAGCAACCCAGGUGAUGGAAGUCCUGCAUGGGGGGCCAUCCAGCAUACGUGCCGCAGGCCACUCACGGAGUACCGUGUGUACUCCCAUGAUUUUUCCACACCCCAUGGGAAGGAGUGGGAGGGAAACCAGGACGGCAAUCAAAAACAGGACUGUAAACCCCAGAUUCCCCCUAAAGUGUCGCGGUCUAUCACAGACUUGGAUCUAUCAAAGCAAAAUGUAAGUUUUGAUACUAACUGUUCUGCUAAUUAUUAUUUUUUAACCCUUCCUCCUGUGUUAGCUUUUACUACACACCCACUAUCAUCAUGACUUGUAAACAAGUUCAUUUUUACAAACCUUUUUGCCAAAGCAACACAGCCACAACACUCUCAUCUCCUGCUCCCAGAAUAUUGGGGAAAAAAUUGGAGUAAAAUGACAGAUUUUUAUUAGAUUUAUUUUCUACCAUAUCAGUGACAUUAUGUUUUGAAUGGACCCUCAAAGGGUUUAAAAAAUGUUGUUAAAUGAAAAAUUUACUAGUUUUGAUCAAAGCAGAAGUUAAUUAAGAGAUAUAUGAAAAAAAAGGAAAAAAAUAUUAACCUAAUAUGUUUUUACAGCAGUCAAAGUUAGUGGCUGUUUUUAGCCACUGAGCGUUAACAACGGAUGAAAAUUUGCCCAGCGCGUAUUUUUGACCUGGUGAAAAUUUUGAAGUCAUAUUCUCAAAGUGUCCAUCAAUAUAAGCAUCUGCACAAAAAAUCAUCCCAUUUGCUGCAGUAAAAAAAAGUUACGUGGAAAUUAGUGGCUAAAUUUUGCCCCUAGUGGCUGAUUUUAGCCAUAUCGUUACACAAGGAAUAGCAUGUCCAACAGUUACUCAGAGCUCACCACCUAACUGUGUCGGGUGACCACACAGGACAGUGUCUCUGCGUGCUCUUAAAGUAUAAGACCUCUACUGAUACCCUGUGAACACGUGCAGCAUUUGACAUGUGUGACACAAAGCAGUUUGUAAAGCUUAGCAUGACUUGGGAGAAAAUUAGUAGGAUGGAAAGGAUGAUCUAGUUGACAGAUUACAAGAUCCCUAUGGAUCCAUAGUAAAGUGUUUCUGGUUCUUAGGAACAAAAUGACAUUUCAGUGACUGUGAAGCCUCUUAGGAGUAUAGCGCAAGAUGAUUCAGAGGUUAAGAUCCUAUCUUUGUUCUACCCUCGCGGCUUAAAAGGACAUGACACAGAUAAUCAGAGUCUGUGUUGCUCUUCUCUCUUAGAUGUGAGCACUCAUUUUUAUCUGUGAGAUUUUUAGCACGAUAGAGAUUUAAAACAUGUGCUGUUGUGAAUCUACUGCAAGUGAGAUGCUGUAUUCCAGAUUAAAAACCAAGCCUGAGUUAUAAAUCUGUUCAUAUUUCAAGAGGACCUCUCUCACAGUGGUUCAUGGUGUUUAAACAGAGGUCAGGUAACUUUUUCAGAUUCUGGAUAUCUCGUUUAAAACUCUGCAGAUGAACAACUGCUUCUCCUGGGGGCUUCUGAAGUAAUAGAUUAGAGGCUUUAAUCUGGAUUGACAUGAGUUUACAGCUGAUUGCAAGCAGCAGGAUUAGGCAAUGGCUUUGUCUUUAGAAUUCCCACUUCCACAACAGACUGACUGAGACCCACUGAUGUAAACACAGCAGCAAAUCCCCCCGCAUGAAAUCGUCCGAGCAACAAUGAACAACAAGAAAGGCCUCUUUUGAGCCUCCCUGAGUCCUGUUCUCAGAUUGAACUGUGCUUUAUUUUGUCGAGAGUUUAUGGGUUGUAGUUGAUGUUUGACAUUGAGCUUGGUUUUCUUGUUUUAGCGUAACAUUAAAAGAGAGGAAAAAUAUACUGAGAGGUAAAAACUGUGAAGUGUUGCAACACAAGAAAACCUCCAUUUUGAGAUGUUCCUCUGACAUCAGUGACACUUCCUCAAAUGUAUGAACCCCAUAUUAAGAAAUAAAAAGGAAUUUUUAACAUAAUCAAGUUCCUCCUUUGCUCUUUAAGGGAAAUUUCGUAAUAAUAAAGUAAUAAUAGUGUGGACAACUGAGCAUCAUCUAGCAUUAAAGUGUUAAUUUAACAGAGUUUUUAAACAAGCCCACGCUCAUUCCCAUCGAGUUAUUUCACAGCUAACAAAAACAGAUGAUUACCACGAUUCUAUAACCCCAAAUUCGUCUGUUCCUGGAAGUGGUUGUCUUUUUUUUUUCUUCAAGUAGGCCACAAAAUGCAUACUCAAGCACUUGUUUUUUCCCUUCCAAAGCGAUACUGCACCAAGAGACGGCGCUUAUUGCCUCACAUCCUGUGUUUGUGAGGAAGUGGGCCAGUCAGCCUAUCAAGACAGGCAACCUUAGUGUUAGUUAACACUUCACUGUGAGGAAAGUAGGGUUGAGAAAAGAGAAGAACAAGGAGAGAGAUUUGACAAAUACUUAAAGAGAGGAGAAAAUGUUAACGAGAGCGGCAUCCAAUGUGUCAGACAAAGCAAAGAGCAGCAAGCCAAAGGUAGGUGAAAAAAUGAAAAUUAAAUGAAAAUUAAAUGACAGAUUUUAAGUGUAAUGUAGGAGUGAUGAAAGCAAGUUAUGCUGUUUUAAAGGAGGCAAUGUCCUAACCAACUAACCAGUGAAAAAGUGAAAAAAAAUCUGAGAUGAAACAGUCAUAACUGAAUAAAUGUGGGGCUUUAAAGGUCAAUUAUAUUUUGAAAAAUAGUGUUUGGUGUGGUUUUGUUUAAAUAUAUAUGAUAACCUCCCAUUUCUUGUGAUUUUUCAUUGUGGAAAACAAACACACAACAACUAUUUUUUAAUCACAAUAAUGCACAAACAGAAAAUUGGGGUUGGAUUAGGCUUUAAAUGAAACCCUUCAUCUCUGCCUUUUAUUCUGUCACUCUAUGUGACAGAUGACUGCGUCAAAUGUGGGCCUGUUAGACAACACUCCAUAAAAAUCAAUCUACAGAGGGCUGUCUAGGUCUACGGAGCUCAUAUUUAAACAGGAUUUCAAGGGAUUAUUCAUUUAUGUAAUUAUUUUGGAGCUCCUCUGUGCAGCAUGUGGGGGAAUUGGGGGAGAUUAUAAUGACUUUCAGUUUAUGAACAUUUGGGAAAAAGAAGAGAACAAAAACUGAGGCAGAGUACAAUGUUCAUGAGUGCAAAUCACCAGUUUUGUAAGGACACAUUGUAUUUAUUUAUGUGAUUAUUUCUACUAAAAGUCUGCUAGUUUAUCUGUUCAUGGACAAAUAGUCCCUACUGCCACAGAAAUGCUGAUUUAACUCAUCGUCGCAAAUGCACUACAAACUCCACCAGGUCUUAUCUUGGCUUUGCAAAAUGAACAAUAUUUUGUAAAACAGCAAAGACUGCACCAGAUUCUUAAAGGACUUUUUAAAAUUGAGACCUGAGACACCAUAAAGAGGACAAAGACGGACGCAAUGACUUGUGUUCUGUUUUCCUUCACUGUCAGCUUCAAGCGUCACAUGUACUCUCUUUUUGUCUUUGAAUUCUACUCACAGCGCUCCACCAGCUUUGGCAAGUUUGAGGGUCUUCGACAUCACUCAUCACAAGCUAAACCAGAAGAGAAUGGGACAACUGUGGUAUAUUAAAUUGCUUGUUCUUCUUAUAUUUGUGUGUACUCAGUUGCAAAAUAAUAUAUAUAUAUGAUAAUAUAAAGGUAUUACAUUACAGGACACAUUUGAUUUGAACGGAUGGAAAAACAUGGUGGAUGCUUUGUUUUAAUAAAAACAUGGCAUAACAAAACCAGGUCAUUUCUGUCAAAGCAAUCUAUUUAAUGGUAUGCUUAUAGGACAGAAAAGACAGAAAGGCAAGACAAGAGGCAAAUUUGAGAUUUUUUUUUUAAACGAAUCACUGUACUACAGUUUAACCAGUACACUAUAAUAGUACACUGAUUUUUCUCCACAGCUUACUGAGGAAUGUGAGAGUUUAGACCCAAAUAAAUCAGCUGGAAUUGGAAAGAAGAUGAAGGCGAUUUCACUGACCAUGCGCAGGAAAAUGGGAAAAAAACACGCCAAGUCUUUUUCAGAGGAGAUGGUAAGUCGCUUUAACACCUGCAGCUCUGUUUCUUUUGUAGAAUAGUUCUCAAAUUCACAAAUCAAAGCUUUUGAUGAACGAUGCACACAGAUUUAUUCAAGGACUCAGAUCAUUACUUUGUAGGACAUAAUCAUCGACAUAUACAGACACCUUUUUUUUUUUUCACAACAACAGUCCAGACUUGCUGCCGCUUACCAGCGUCACUUGAAGCAAACCUGUUUUUCUCAAGAGUCUUAUCACUUUCAUCUUUCUCUAAACCCACAUCCUUAGACGUGACGCUUGUUGCUGGUAACUAUUACAUGGAAUGCUUCUCUGUAACUUACAGCCAAAGAUGUCUUAUUGCAGUUUUGAGUAUUACUGUAACACAAAUGGAGAAACACAACGAAACUUUGAGUCACUUUGAAACUUUUUGCAACCCACGUCUCCAUCCAAAGUUUCCUUUGAGAGUAUUGUGGAUUUUUAACUUUGUAGAUAAUUUGAGUGUCAUUUGCCCUUUUUUUUGACAUUAUAUCAUUAAUUGAUUACAAUCUCUUAAAGGCUGUAUAUAUUCUUUGACAUGGGUGCAUAUUAUUACUCUUCAGGGAGAUGACACAGAUAAAGACCCAGAGGCAGAGACGGAAAGUGGCGCUCCAGCUGAGAAACACUCUGCCAAGUCAAGCAACUCUUUAGAGAGUCUCCACAGUGGCCAGAGCUCCUCCAGUGAGUAUCUGCAUAUUCUGCAAACACUGCAAGGUUGGGUACUGGGUUAUUUGCCUGCCCUAACCCUAACCAUCCACUGACAAAUAUAUCAUUGUUGUGCUCAGGUGGAGUGACCAGUGAGUCCAAUGGAUCUGGUCAGAGGGACAGUCUGAGACUGGAGGAGGAUGGUUCCUAUCAGGGACAGUUCUGUGGUAAAGCACGUGUUCAUACAGACUUUGUUCCGAGCCCGUAUGACACAGAUUCCCUCAAACUCAAGGUGAGAUACGACACAGUACAUCAACAGCAACAUCCUUAGGCCUCCAUACAAAUGAUCCCUUUGUUGGAUGAUGGUUUCUGUAGUACAGAUCUAGAAGAAGGUGAUCAGAAUUUGAAGUGAACAAAACCCAAUUAACAUUAAAUAUAUGUUUUAAAAUACUAUAUUAUUCCUCCAGGUUGGUGACAUCAUUCAUAUCAUUAGUAAGCCUCCAAUGGGAAUCUGGACGGGCAUGCUAAACAACAAAGUGGGAAACUUCAAGUUUAUCUAUGUGGACAUUUUGGUGGAGAAAGAGGAAGAACAGGAAGCUCCUAAAGUCAGACAACAGAAGCUGUGCAAAAGACCUCGGCCUAAAACAUUACUGGAGCUUCUGGAGCGGCUGAAUCUCGAGGUGAGGAUGAGAACCAAUCACAUCAAAAGAUGCUUUUGGUUGUUAGAUGAUCAUAAUCCUCCUCAAGAUGGAGGGGAAUGUUUUUUACUCUGUACGUCAUGUGUGCUAAAGAUUCUGGUCUCGUUGUUUUAGGAAUAUGCAUCUGCUUUGCUGCUAAAUGGAUAUCAGACAGUGGAGGACCUGCUACACUUACAGGAGAAACACCUAAUAGAGUUAAAUGUCAAAGACCCAGAGCACAGACGCCAACUUUUAGCUGCUGCUGAAUGCCGCUACACAGAAGGUGAGAAAUAUACAAACGAUGAUAAAAUGUGUUACUGAAAAACUUUGAGUCCUUUUUCCUCAUACAUCCUGUCUGCACAGCUCUCAGGCCUCUCUCGUAUCAGGUGUUAUUGCCUCUCAGCAUCCAAACAGUAAUAUUACUCCCAGAGCACUUUAUUGCACUGACCAGUGACAGUUUAAGAUUACAUUUAAACCUGCCACCACCUAUUCACCCAAUCAACCUCUGAUUUUCUCCAGCCAAUGAGGAAUAAGCACUCAACAAACCACUCUGUGUUAAGUGAAACAACAAAGAAGACCUGAGUAGGCACAUCUCUCAUCUUCUGUGUGGGAGAUGCUUGUCACUGACUUCCUGUUACUCAUAAAGAAAGUGCUUAAAGAGGCAGAAGGUGUUCCUGUAAAUGAGUGUGUUGAAGCAGAGGGCCUAUAAUCACAUUCCCGCAAGAAUGAAAACAAAACAACUUUUGAACAUUAAGAGGGAGAACUAGGUCACAUUCGGUCAGUGGAUAUUUUAUUGCAGUCUGGUGCGCGGCUAAUAAAAGGUCAUUGUACGAUUUCUGUUGGGGUUGCAGCGUGACCAAACAGAUGGCAUCACCAAUCCUGCCAAGCUUAUUGACUCACACUAGAUGCCGGGAAUUUAAUCAACUCCAUUAGGUUAGUGGUUUGGCAGCCGAGACAGUAGGAUUAGUAGCUCUCGCAAGUGGAGUCUAAAUAUUAAAGAAGGAUAGAAUAUUGGUCCACUGAAAGGUAAAUUAAGGUGAAUUUGGUUUUUUAAGUGUUGUUUCCAAAAGAGGAAAUACCUUAUUGAAACAAAUCCAGAAAGAUAUGCAACUGUGGGGCACCAAGAGUAAGCUGUCAACACAUGGUCUGGUUUUUAUCACAAGUUUAAUCUUCAAUCUUACAGAUAGUGUAUCGUGCAGUUGCAAUUGCAGAAAUGUAAAUAAGAUUUCCUGUGACUCAAGCAUAUAUGACACAGAUAACAAGAUAGUUAGCAACAGAAAUUUGUAAGAUCCUAACAUUUGGUUUUAUUCCAUUUGGUUUGUUGCAGCCGGUGAUGAUGCCAGAGAGGGUGAAGAGCACAAAUCCAACUCCCACAGUCCACUGGAGGAAGACAGCGACUGUCCCCGAGACUCAGGCUGCUUCAUUCCCUCUGAAUGUUCAGACAUUAAAGAAGAAACAGAACAGCUCACAGAGACCGUGGACUCUUGA